CAAAAUAUCAACACUUGGAGAUGGAACUGUAUUCAUGGUAAUCCGCAAGGCUCUUGAUAUUUAAAAUAGUAUAAGAACUGGAGUCAAGGUCGCAAUUUCAUUAUUCCAGUUCUACCAUCAACAUGAACACAUCGUCGAGGUAUCUGCAGUAUUUUGCGGCGGUUUUCAUUUACGUACAAUUAGUAAAUGGACUGGCGCCGAGAAGAGCCCCUUCUAGCGUAACUCCAAGGACGCGACCUUUAAAGUCGUCCGAAAACGUCACCGAAGUACUCGAAGGUGACUGUCCAGAAUCAGAUGGGUUCUUCGCAGACGCUCAGCAGUGCGAUAAAUACUACGAAUGUCGCGAUGGUAAAGUUGUAGCUGAGAGAUUAUGCGCAGACGGAAUGGUAUUCAAUGAUUUUAGCCCUCAGCAUGAAAAAUGUGAUUUACCUUUCAAUAUAGAUUGUUCGCAAAGGCCUAAAUUACAGGAACCGAAGCCAACUAUACAUUGCCCCAGAUUGAACGGCUACUUCAAUCAUGAAGAUCCAAAUACUUGUAAUAAAUUUUAUUACUGCGUAGAUGGUAAAUUUAAUUUGAUAACGUGUCCCGAUGGUUUGGUGUAUAGUGAAAAAACUGGUAUCUGUUCGUGGCCAGAUGAGGCUAAAAAGAAAGGAUGUUCUUCGCAAGAAUUAUUCAAAUUCUCGUGUCCCAAAGUCGAUUCAUCUGUCGCCGCUCAACAUCCACGAUACCCAGAUCCAGAAGACUGUCAAUAUUUUUACGUUUGUAUAAACGGAGAAGUUCCUAGGAGAAGUGGAUGCAAAAUGGGGCAAGUUUUCAACGAUGCAACGGAUUCUUGCGAUUGGCCAAGAAACGUUCCCGAUUGCGCUGAAUGGUACAAAGGAGUAUUAACUGAAGAAGAACUGGAAGCAUUAGAACAUCCAACCCCUAAACCGAAACCUAAACAACCGUCGCAAGCUGUAAAGAGACAGAAGACAAAAGCUACAGAUUUUGCCAGACUUCUUGAUACCACUCAAAUACCUCAGUAAUUAGAUUUUUAAAAAUAGGAUAAUUUAAUUUUGUACCUUUGAUACUCAAGUAAUAAAAAUUUUAAAACUUA